AUGCGAGGGGCAGGUGGGUGGAAGCCCUCGACAGAUGUCGUUCGCAAUGCUGCAUCAGCGACGACGGUAUCGCUGCUAUCCAGCGAGGCUAAUGUAAGUAACAACGAUGCCUUGCUCCUUCGGCCAACAAUGUACGAGGCGAAGUAUGUACAGCCAGCGCCAUUGCUGAAGGGUUUUCUGUACAUGCAGGACCCGAAUGAACUAUCCAACAAAAACGAUGGCGUGGAAAUAAACAAACUAACCAUCUCACAAUUGUACAGCAGCGUAUAUCUUCCCUAUGUACAGAAGAAACAGCGCCAAACUGAGGUGGGAUUCCCCCUUUCAUCGGGGCCACCUGACUUUGACAGCGAGUCGCCGACGGAUCCAGAGAAUGUGAUGCGGUACAUUAAGGGUCUCUCUGCUGUGCACCGCAGCCGACUUGAUGAUCCAACGCCUUUUCUUUUGUACGAGACUCUUGUUACAGGAUUUAUGGAAAGUGCUGCUUCCAUAUCCACUCAGGCUGGUGCUGAAACAAGGGACAAUUCAUUGAACGGCGAUCAGUCGUCGUUAUUGAGUUCGCAUGAUGAGGACGUACCUGGAUCAGUUCCAGUGCCGCGGUUUCAGUCUUCUACUCCGGAAACAGAAAUGGUGACAUUGACGUUGUCCAUGUGGCUGUCGAACAUUCGACAGUUGGAAAACCUUGGAAUCACUAUGCAGAAGAUAGGGGAAUCUCCAGCAGCCACCCGGGCUUUAACUCCAUCAGUUGUGAUGUCUGCACUUGAAAACUGCAGGGAAUUGGUGAUGGGGGACCAGUGUUCCCAGGAGCGGAAGGGCGAGUUGUGUAGCUUGAUGGGGUUUGUUGUCCUCCCGAGAGGCGAGGUUCGAGAGGUGUUGGAGUAUGUAGGCAUGGUUGAGGAGUACAACUCCCGCACUAGAUCCCGCAUUGUACCCAGCGCGUUACCAUACUACGAGGAAGUGCUUCGGAGUUUCAGAUUGAGUUCACCGACACAGUACGUCAUGUCGUCCCCUGUGGAUGCGCAUCACAGUGAAACCGCAAAGUUGCCCCUCAUGUUGUCUGAAGGGACUAGUGUCAUCUCUUUUUGUGUUUCACCAUGUGGACGACUUUUGGCAGUGGCAGCUGUUUCUGGCAUGUCAAUUUUUGAAACCGCUACUGGAAAGCUAUUGGCGAAGUCUACAGAUGUGGAUAUGACGCGGUCUUUGUGGAUUAUGCAGUUUUCUAGUGACUCUACGAGGCUUAUUCUCACCACACAAACGGGAUUGCGUCAUGUGCUUUUAAAUACCUCACUAGGGUACGUUGGUGAACACAACACAGACUACCCAGCUAUACCUACCAAAGUUACAGAAGAGUCUAUUGAUUUUCUCUUUUCUCCACGGCUCACCAGUGGCCGAAAGAGUUCUUUAUACCUCGUGGCCUCUGGAAAAAUAGUUUUGGACCAGCUUGGCUACUCCUCGGAUAAGGCCAUUGAUGGUUUUGUUAUCUGUGCGCACCUCCACAGCGACUUUGUGGGGGAUCUGGUAGUUCUGGAAGCCUCUGACGAUGUUUUUACCCUCCAUGUGGAGAGAAGAGUGGUUACGCUAUCGCAAGGAUCCUACAGCUGUUGUGGCGUGGUCCCUAACAAUGCCCCUUGGCACUUUAUUUACUGCAAGUGGAGCAAGGGUGCUUGGACACUCGGCAUAGACAGUACAUUGGUGGAAUUGCGCGGCGCCCGCACCAGUCAGCCAAAGAUGACGAAAGUCAUCGGAGCAACGAUCCUUGAUGGCACUGGUCAUGUGGCUUCACUUGUGGCAUGGAUCAGUGAUAGUUGCGAUACCCGGUUGAUUAGGCGUUUUUCAACGGAGAGAAAGCUGGACGUUGCAGCAAAGCCCUUAUUCCACCUUCCGUUGGAUGAAAGCGAGGGACUCUGGAUAAAGGAGCUGGCUGCGAUGCGAGCCCUCACUAUUCCAGAGCAAAACGUUCUCUGGGAUGAUACCGUACGUUGCCCCUGUACACCUUCAGAAUCUUACGAUCACAAUGUCCGACUUCCACAUCAACUGUUGCUACAAGCAGAUAUUAUGAUCAGUGACUACCAGGUGCUUAUUGUGCUUCCAUCGGUCCAUAAAGGUGGUGACGGAAUUGUCAUUGGAGUCCAACAAGGGGCAAACUCCAUUGGUCGUGUGUACCGGUGUCCUGGAAGCUAUUCGCAGACACUUUACUUCCUCUCUCGUGACGAGUCCUCUCUAUACGCGAUUCAGCAGCGUUUCUCGACGCUCUCUGUGACCACUAUCUCUACAGUUUCGAGAAGGGAUCACACACUACAAGAGAGCGGUAUUGUACGCAACGAUAUUCCGCGAGGCUCACCAGAAUGGCUAUGCAACGAGAUUUUAAAACGAAUAUGCAUUGAAGGCAUUGAUUUGCUCCGGAUCCCACCUGAGAUGAGUCCGUUACGAACCGAAAACCUUUGGCAUCUCUCUGCCAUUUUGCAUGGUGCUAAACGGACAUCUAACCGUCUUAAGUUGGUGGCGGUUAUGACGCUGGCAAUGGUGCACUUUGAGCGCCUGCUGUCGGAAAAUGUGGAACCGCUUUCGCAUAUUUCUGCCUCACUUAGCCGUUCAUGCAAGCAGAUAAUAGAGUGGUUCCCUGAAGGUUUUAUUCGCGAUGUGGCCGCAGCUUUGGUCAGGACGGGUGCAAGUCAAUCGCUUACAUUGUCUGAUAAAGUCGAUAUUCUCAUACACGCAGAUGAAUCUAAAGCAGCGGACCUCUUGGACGUCUGCAUGUGCAAGGAAUCUUUAUACAGUAUACUUUCAUUUGUCGUCAAUGAUAACCCGGCUAAAAUUAUACUUAUUGCGAGUGGCCUCCUCCGUCGCUGUAGGCUGGAGGAGGAUGGUACUUCAUUGGGCCGUGGAGUGGUGCAUAAAAUGCUGUGGUUUUCGAUCAUUUCGGUACAAGUCUUGCAUGCCCACGGACAGGACAGUCUUGUUGCAAGUUUGCUUGAACUUUUUGAGCAACACUCGAGACGCCUCCUCGUGAAGCGAUCAUGGGAUGACAGUGUGCAGCAAACCGUAGUUCACACAGGUUUUCUGCCGAUGCUCAUUGCUGUUGCUAGGUUGUGCCCGGACGCCGUCACAUCGGGUGUGGAGAAGGCACUGCUAAGUCUCCUUGACACAGCACCUCCAUGUGAAAGCGAGACUCCGUUUUUAGUCAGUUUCGAAACGAAAGAGGCGUGCGAUGUUGUGCCCUCCGCGGAUGAUGCCGCCUUUAGAUUUUUUCUUGACUAUAAGAAGGCGACAUCCGUGGCCAUCACGAAGGAAGUGUCGUCAUCGGAGGUGAUCGUUAUAGUUUCUGAGCCUACAUCUGUGAAGCCGUCCAAAGUUGUUUUGAGUGACGUGACGCAAUUUGUGAAGGUAGGUGGAUCGACAUUGUUAGUGUUUGGGGAAGGUGAGAUUUCACUUACCAUUCUCUGCGUCUACAACCUAUCUGUUGGAACCCCGUGGAGCUGUAUUAUGCGUGAUGGAAUCUUGUAUCUUCUAGUGGCUGCAGCGCGGUACUUAACCGUGACGCCGAAGCCAUGUGAUGUGUUUCUUGCACCUUUGCUGAGACAUGGACUGAACACAAGGAUCUUGGCAACACGCGGGUUGGAUGUUCCUGGUCGGGUAAAUGAAUCGAGAUAUGCAGUUGAAAUUCUAAACAAUGAGAGCGAUGGAAAGGUGCUUGUCGAUGAGGUUUGGAAAAAUAUGAGGGGUUGUGUGACUUUACCGAUGCGACCUGCUAUUCAGGCACUUCUUUCCUUACUCAUACACAGUGGCUUGACACCACAACAGGCGGAGGAUGAGCUGAAACUACGAUGGUUUAGUGGUGAGUGGGGAAGCAAAUUACAGGGAGCUGGUAAAGAUGCUGCUCGUCAGUCCUUGGUUGACCUUGCAAAGUGGAUUACUUCAUCGGUGUUUCACCAAUGUGGUGCCCCUUCGCUUUACACACGCCGAGCUUCGAAUGGACGGCGGCAGACGGUUGAAUGUUCACUGGGAAAGUCACGUUCGACAUCUGAUCUGCAGGCCAGCACAAGUGCCAGACGAAGUACAGUUAAAGGAACACUGCAGAGCCAGGAUACAUUGGAUCAGGUGAGGGCUCUAUUUACCAAGGGUAUCACCCCUGGUGAACUAGAGAGCAUCUUGGUGGAGCGGACCGCUUCUGCACUGAAUACAGCUCGUGGUCUUCAACUUCUUUCUUCCCUAUUGACAAAGAUCACGAAGCAGGAAACUGGAACGCUCCAUGGGAUUCUUGAGGUUCUGUGGCUUCUCUGUGGGGAAGGAAGUGGGAAACAUGUGGUCGAGAGUCUUGUAGGAUCCGGCUUGGAGUUGGAAAUGUGUGUACGUGUGGCCUUUCAUUCCGUUCUGGAGAAGUGUGAGAGUUUUUUAAUAACUGGUUGCCCCAAGGAUAUGUCUUCACAGACGGUCUUGACAUCACCAGCGCACAACGGGGCCUUGACUGUCUUCCUCCUUGCCAUUAUGUGUCAUCCGUGGGACGCCGUAGACUGUGAGCUCUUUACGCGCAGCGGGAGUGAGGGUGGGCUGACAAGUAUUUUGGCACAUCUUGAGGAACAGAUGAGCAUGCCGACGUACGAAGUUCCACUGACGAGUCCGUGGCGUCUCCGACGCGAUCAAAAAGAUGGGACAAGUCCGACGAAGGAACAAGCUGCUUGGAGUGAGCUGAUCGGUAUUGUGGAGCACGCUUCUAUAAACUGCAUUUUACCGAAUGGUUUCUCUGUCGCUAUUCCCGACUUACAGAUGUCGGUUUCGGCAGAAGGUAUCACCUUUGAAAAGAUCAUGUCAAGCUCGUUGAUUUUGCGCGCGGACGAAGGGUGGCCCAUGUCGCGUCUCCCACCAUGUUUCAGCGGUGUCCCGCGCGUUUUCUACUAUGAAGUGACCAUGACAUCACCGUGUUACCGGCUCGCACUCUGCUUGGGCCACUGCCGUGGUGACCUUGACCGCAGUGUCGAGGUAGCAUACUUCUAUGAGAACUCCGGUGCAACACACGACGUUUCUUGUCUUCCGUUUGGAGAGGGCGACACAAUUGGCUGUGGAAUUGUAGCCAUGACGCGACGAGUCUUUUUUACGCUUAAUGGUGUCUUCAUCUCCUUUAUGGGGAUGGUUCACACUAAAACAGAGGUAUUAUUCCCCACACUUCGCAUUAGCAACAAGGAGCGUGCAAGCUUCACUGUGAAUUUUGGCUCGACUGCGUUCUGCUACGAUUUCCGACGGCUCCACCCCGCAUUAUGUGUUUCUUGUUCUCCAACGUGGUAUGAUGUUGCUUCGACGGCGGAGAUUGCACUUCAUUACGUCACAGCUCGUGCGUGCUCCAUGCAGGACUUGAGUAUGCCUAGUGCGCGAUCGUUCGUUGUUGACUGUUGUGAGGUGGUAUGUCGCCGCAUCAAUCGAAUAACAUCUUCGGUCAUGAAUGUUGGUGUCGGCAAAAAUGAUAGUUCUGAAAACCGUAAUCAACAAGCAGUACUUAUCGCUGUUGCUGAAUCCUCCAUUAUGAAUUUCAUUGCUACACUGCGCCACAUUUUACGAGCCACAAAUCCCCACCCGCUUCCUGAUGUCGUGAUCGAAAUGGUAUUUAACGCAGUGACUGUUCUCAUGAUGUUACCUCUUUACUCCAUCCAAAUGUCCACCAUCAGCUUUCUACCAGAGCUUUUGCCCCAUAUUCGUCAAGUGCGGGAUCCAAACGCUUCUGCUAAACUUGUCAAGACGCUGUUUCUUCACGCCAAGGUGCCGGUUGAUCCACGAGAGACAAUUACGUUUGUCCCAUUUUGGCAGCAGUGCGAUACGCGUUGUGUAUCCAUCACGCACAUGCAGGUGGCGUAUAUGCAGCCCGAGGCUCAACGGAGCAUCAUUCUCGGCAAUGUUCUUCCACGAACAGGGAAGGUUUCGUUUUCAGUGCGUGUUUUUCGUAAGGGAUUCUCGAAGAGUCAUUCGCUAAAAGGUGGGUAUUACGUUGGAAUAUCGAUUGCUAACCUUGCGCCUCUGUCGCCGACAAGCAACUCACAGAGCUGGAAAGCUGUCAAGCCGCCUGUUGUAUGGGCCUUACAUGAUAUUUCGCCACAACUUCCCCACGCAGCGAACCCAACAGUAAAACCAAACAAUUUCCAUCGAACUUUUGGGAGUGGUGAAGCGAUUCGUGUAGUUAUUGAUCGUGAUGCUCAGACAGUAAGCUUUUACCGUGAUGAUGAUUUCCUCAAGACACUCUUUACGGAUAUUCCGUCCAACAUCGAUCUGGUGCCAUUUGUUCAGCUUUACAAUGACGAUGCAUCAGUCUCAAUUGGUGCUGGGGACAUGACAGCACCCAUUUCGUCUGCGACACUCCUCGGCGCUGCCUCUGUUGAUGUGCUACGCUGCAUGCUGACACUGGAGCCAUUUGAAAGUCUUGUCGCAGAUGGACUUUGCCAAGAACUUAAUAACGCUGCGUUCCCCAAUGUAACGUUGGCCCUUUUCAAAAGCACACCGGAUCCACGGGUGCUGCAACUUUGCAGUCGCAAUGGUGAAAAGGUUUUGGUGGUGGUACGUCGUUUAAUGCGGUGGUGGGCCAAAUUUUCUAUUGGCAAUGUGUCUUACUACGAGCACAUCAAUAACCUUCGUACGGCGUCUUUUUUGACCAUGAAUGGAACAUUUGAUGUGAAUGAUCCAUCUGCACCUCUCUCCGGUGUUCAACGCUGCAUUGCGAGUUUGGUUUCUACUUUGCACCGGCUUGCCGUUCCCCUCGUCACGACACAGGCUCUAUGUCUUGUCGAGACACAACAGCGUCGUCAGAUACUUGAGAAUGAGAAGGACCAGUGGGACUACCUGUUCCAUGGUGUCCGUGUCAGUCAGUUUGUUAUCAUUCAACGACUAUCACAGCGGAUUUCGAUGUUUGAAUCACCACGUAUCCCUGAUGGCUACGCUUUUUCAGCUGUUCUGUCACACCCCGGCUUCGACUUCUCCCCUCGUUACUGCGGUCGCCUAGCGACAGUGCCGAGUGAUGCGGGAAAUACAACAGCACCUUUUAUAGCCAUCGCCGAGCCGGCAGUGCCGCUCAAAGGUCGGUUUAAUGUACGAUGUCAGCUUCUGCGAGGUCAUACUGGUCAGAUUUUGGGUGGCGGGUACUACUUUGGUGUUUGUGUGUCUUCUUUCGAUUGGAAGCGACGUGAUCUCAAUGUGGGUAUUCCAGAAGUGUGGGCAAUCCACGACAUGGACGACACCCCUUGGAGGUUGCGACACUUAUAUCCAGCUACUCGCUUUCAAAUUACGGCAGAUCCCAACUGCAUCCUCGUGAGUGGUGAUAUUAUACGCCUCGAAAUUGACCGUGACGAGGGAACGAUGCAUGCGUACCGCAAGAGUGCUAAUCAAGAAGAAACCCUAUUGGGUCUUGUUUUUGACAACAUACCAAAUGAAAAAGAACUCUUUCCAUUCGUGCAUCUCUACAACACGGAUGCUGUUGCUGUGCUUUUACCAUCUGAUGGCGACCGUCCGGCAAUAAGGACAACCGUUCAACAGCCACAUUUUGCCCUAUGUCUUUCAAAUGAGAAGCGGAAUUGCGAUGGCUGUGUUGCACAACAUGUUGAGACACGUUUGACAUCUCAGGUGUGGUACAAAUGUAAUGAAUGCGUUGACUAUAACUUGUGCAAGUGGUGCUUUGAAUUCUGUACUCAUCCCCGACAUGCCUUUACAGAAAUGGGAACACAUCCUCUCGUGUACAGUAGUGCUCCUCCCAAGUGUAUUUCGGUAGGAAUGGACCUGGUGAUUCCAGGUACUAGCGCAUUGUACCUAAAGAGCCGAGGUUGUCGUAUGGACGAGAAGCGUAUAAACUGCGUGGCAGAGUCAAGAGAGAGCAGAGCUAUGGCGAUGUGGGGUAUUGUUUUUAAAAAGACAGCCACCUUCACUGUUGUGGUGGAAACACUCAGUGGUGAACCUUUGUGCCUUGAUAGUUCCAUGUUUGUUGGCAUUGGUGAGGCUGAGGAGGUUGUUUCUUUGUCACCAGAGGCUCUCCGCAGCCGGUGCAUUUCAGGGGAAGCUGAUAUUGUCUCUAUUUGCAGUGAUUCUUCACUGAGUCGUAAGCUAACUUCCCCGAGUCUUUCUCCUUGUGGCCUUCAUCGCGGCUCGACCAUCACCAUCGAGGUUGACGCCGCGUCGGGGUUGGCGACUAUUCGGCGAGAUUGGGUAACACUCGGCACACAGCCAUUCUCUGCCACCCGCCUCUCCCAACCUGUCAACCUGGUGGGAUUUGUGCUGUUUGGACAGAAGAACGUCAUCGCUUCCAUCUACCCCGAGGAGUGCCCAACCCUCUCUGGUGUCGUGGAAGGCGUGGAUAAGGGCUUUGUUCGUGUGUCAUGCCAAGGGGGGAUGCGACUGCUAAAGCCAGAGCACUGCCGAGUGCCCCUAUAUUCAUGUCAAAGUCCACCAAAACCAAAUACGUUAGGCUAUGUAUUUGUGAAGAAGAAACUUGUUCAAUGUAACGUUGUCGCUGUGGAGAAGGAAGAAGUCAGACUACAUUUUCCCGCUGAUGAUGUAGGACAGACGGUGCCGUAUACUCAUUUUCUAACGAGUCGGUGCGAUGUUAUAGCAGAGGAGAGAUCGCUUCAUCGUGAGGUUGGUGAAACAGGCCUCACGGUUAGUGAUGGUUUCGUUAUUUCCAGGCUGCUUCUCAUUCUUUCAUGUCUGUGUGAAAAUGAAGCUCUUUCUCCUCUUGUACUGUCGCACUCUCCUGGGCUCCUGAGUGUCCUCAGUCGUCUGGCUGCGGUGGAGAUCAACAAUGAUGCUCCUACGGAGUUUAUUCAAGAAGUUCGCACGGCAGUAGCUGUGACAUGCAACUGUAUGCGUGUGGUAACAGGAAACAGAUGCCUUGAAGGAUUCAUGCCAUCGCUUACCAUUGAUGAUCAUUGUUUAAAACCAAAACGUGGUAUGCUUAUGUGUGCUGUUGAGGGACCGUCUAGAGGAAAUAUUUUCGAGGUAGUUGAAAUGGAAUCAGGUGGUUUCUUUAAGGGUGCAGAACAUCAGCUCCACUCUGUGAAGAAGGUGCUCCAUACGAAAGAUUGCAUUCCUGUUAAACAGUGCAAUGGGAAGCCGUGGUGGACAUUGAAUAAUGGAUUGCCCUGUAGCUUGCUUGAGCACACAUUACGAGUGACACAACCUGAAAGUGGCACAAAGAAUACCACUCUGGAAGGUGAAUGGCAAGGCGAGGUCACGGUUCCAAGGAGUAGCACCGGUUCGAUUUGGCUUCGGCUGAUGGCGGAUUGCACGGGAACAGGUGUCGUCAGUUUUCCCUCGUUUUCGGUGGAGUGUGUUGUCUUUGGUGAAUACAUGCGGUACAACCGAACAGUGCGUCUCUGUCUCUUCGAUGCUGGUAAGUCGACAAGGUGUCGUGGGUUCCACUUUCAGAGUGGAAGUGAGGAAAUGUCCUUUGAUGUAGCGGUGACUCGCCUCGAGGCGAUGUUGUCGGAUAAUGAAAACCCCAGCCUUAUUGCCGUCAUGAAUGGAAUUAUUGACAGGGAAGGGCAAAGAGUGCUUGGUGCAUGGAAGCCAAAGAAUGAUAGAGCUGGAACAUUUGCAAUGAAUUCUUUCCAUCGAGUGACAUUCAUUUCUCCUACGACAGAAUUGGCGCACAUUGAACCGCUCCCGGACUGCAAGGACCCUAUAAUACCACCACCACCCCAACGUGACAUGGUGUCCACAAUGCACCGCCUCGUGGUGCUGCUCGCCCGUCAUUUGUAUCUCUUUAUUCUUACCAAAGGCGAUGCGGUGACCAGAGACGCCAUUCGUGGUAUUAUACACUUCCAUUCUCACCCGUUGACGGACCGACUCCUCUCGACUUAUGUGGAUAUGGAUCAACUGCUGCGUACUGUAUAUGAGACACUUUAUAUCAUCCUUGAUCCCAACACAAAGCCAUGGGAUUCUACCACACUGUCCUUGUUGAUCACAAAAUGUGUCCUCCUCCGACCCGAGGUUGCCACACAUUUUCCUAGUCUUCUUUGGGACUCUUUUCACGCUGUUGUUGCGGCCACGCAUCAAUGUGGUGAGGAAUACCGUCAUCACCUGAUGAAAAAUAUAAUUCUAUUCGUUGAGAAGCACUGCCGUGGAUUUGAUGGUAUUUACACUCAGCUCCUUUCCAUAUUGCUCACAUGGGUGGACCGGGGUGUUUCGAGCUUUUUAAGCUCCUCUGAGAUACGCAAAGACGUUGCUGCUGGUGUGGAACUUGUCAUGAGUGUAGGGAAACCACUUCUUGAUCAAACUAUUCGUCAUAUUCCAUUGGCGCCACUAAAGUGUCUGAUUAACAUGGCGAAGGCCUUCCGAGCAGGACUUCCACUACCUAAAACAGUUGACUUUGUCGAGGAGGAGACAACGGUGCGAAACAUCUCCCCAGUUGAGGCAAUCUGCACCUUUGGUGAGCUUAUUGAAGGUGUUCUUAAGGUUGGAAAAGUCAGAAGUUCUUGUGCUGCAGGUGCGCAUGGGAAAUACUACUACGAGACAACGCUACCUGAUAGACUUACUGCACCGUUUGUCAUUGGGUGGGGAACGGAACAGCAUUCGGAAGUUCCAAGCCAGCACGUUGGAAGUGAUACAUGCAGCUUUGCCUUUACAGGGAAUGAGAUUUCUUCAAAGAACAAAAAAGAGGAAUAUAAGCCUGGACAAGAGGUAUUGCCCAAGUCCGUGAUUGGUUGCCUUCUUGACAUGGAUGAGAAGUUAGUUGCCUGGUCUGUAAACGGCGCGUAUGGCCCCUUUGUACCCAUUCCGGUCGAUCACGGGGAUCAUGGCCUCUAUGCCUUCGCCUCAACCGGCUCCUGUAGUGGCAUGCGGGUGUCACUGAGCGCCGCUCAGUUUAUAUACGUUCCCGAUGGGUAUUCCGAUCUCUCGGGACGUUACACACGUGUCGUCAUCUCAACCUUCGACGAGGAACUGGCGCAGAGCGCCCUGCCGGCUCGGCCCAUAUCCUUCUACGGGCAGUUGGCUUCGUACCUCUCCGACGUGGAGGAGUUAACAUCGUCAAAGCCCAAUGCAAACACCUCGUCCUUUUCGGCACUGUCAUCAACGGCGGCUGAGAUACCAGAACUGGCCCUUAUGAGGCGCUACCCUUCAGUGAUGCAUCUCACCUACGAUGAAAGACGGGAAUAUACAAAGGUGAUUCGCGUUGCAGAGAGUUGCAUGGCAACUGCACGCCGCUUUAUUGAUUUGGAUAGUGAUGUGGUUGACGGCUGCUUGUCAAGUUCUUUUCUGCUCAUGAGGCACAUAGUGCGUCGGUCGUUCAGUAAGAACCUCCUUGUGAGUAUCCCGCCUGUUGAGAAGAACCCUAAUCCACCAAUCAUCACGGUGCGGAUAACAGAGUUAUAUUCAACUCUUCCACGCACGCCUGAAGUUGCUCUUCAGCGCUCUGUUCUGUCGCAGAUAUACAAACAAAUCGGAUCCUUCACAAAUAAACAAUUCAGACAGUCCCCCCUAUUUAAGGUAAAUCUGUACAUCGCUGGCACAGGACACGCACCACACGAUCUUGGUGGUCCGUACAGACAAUUGUGGACGUUCCUCAGUGAAGAACUUAUGGCACACCCGGAUAAAUGCUAUCCGCAUACAGAUUACCAUCGGAACCCACUUUGCCGCUACCUGAACAACUCCCAUAGAGUUGCGCUGGUUCCUGAUAGUUCGGCGAACUCUGAAUAUGACCUUGUUCUAUUGAAUUUCCUUGGAAAAACCAUGGGUCAUGCAGCAGCAGCUGGGUCUCCUCUUGCAUUGGAUUUUUCACCCUUUGUGUGGAAGUAUUUGGUGGAGGACACCCUCACGGUAAAGGACUACUACAAGGACGUUGACAGUGUUGUGGAAAGGAGUAUGGAAGAUGGUGAUUUUCUUAUGAGUGGUAUGGCCGAGGAAAUCAUCCCCAACCUUGCAGCAAAGGUGCUGGCACUUGGAUGUGGUGGAGUCGGAGUAGAGAGUGAAGAUGAGGAAGAGGAGAAGGAGUUGGUGAACAGGCGUCGUCUACUUGCGGAAGACUGUCUUGUUCAUUCAAUGGACCUGCAGCUGAAUGCGAUUCGCGAGGGAAUGUGGUCAGUCUUGCCCAAGCGUGUCAUCCGGUGUCUCUCGUGGAGGGAGCUGGAGCGGAUGGUUUGCGGAGACUCGGACCUAACCCCCGAGUUGAUGCGGCAAUCCAUCGAGGUGCAGCUGCAAGGAAUCAGAGAACAAGCUUUCUGGCGCAUCAUUGAUGAAUUAAGUGUGGAGCAGCGCUCCUCCUUUCUGUGUUUUGCCUGUGGACAGAAGCGACUGCCCCUUAUCCAGAAGAUCAAAGUGACCGAAAAUGCGGAGAGCACCGAACACUUGCCCCGGGCGCAGUCGUGUUCAUCGCUCGUGACUGUCCCGCAGUACGACACCUACGAGCUUUUCAAGGAUAAGCUGCUGAUGGCUAUUGCUCAUGAAAUGGAAAUGGAACUGGCAUAG